AUGACAAGCUGUGCAACCACUUUGAAUGCAUUCAAUGUUGAAUUAAGUAAACUUAGGGGCUUAGAUGAAGAUGCAUACCAAUGGCUUGGUGAUAAGAGUCCAACAGAGUGGUCUAGAUCUCACUUCUCUACAAAGUCUCACUGUGACACGUUGGUAAAUAACAUCUGUGAGUCAUGGAAUGGAUCUAUAAGGGAUGCAAGGGACAAACCAAUUAUAGAAUGUCUUGAAAUUCUUAGGAAAAUGUUGAUGGGUAAAUUCUUUGAGAAAAAACAAAAAGCAGCAGAGUGGAAAUCUUUGAUAUGUCCUGCAAUUGUGAGAAAACUGACGAAAAUUGAGAAGGAUGCAGCAAAAUACCUGGCAACACAAUGUGAUUUCUUCAAGUUUGAAGUUGGCCAUUUAUAUGGGGAUCAACAAGAGGUUGAUUUGAAGGUGAAAAAAUGUUCUUGUAGGGUUUGGGACCUAACUGGCAUUCCAUGCAAACAUGCCAUUUGUGCUAUAUGGAAAAAGUAUGGAAAGGGUGCAGUUACUGACUUUGUCCAUCCCCGCUACUCCAAAGAGAUAUACUUGAAGGUAUAUGCUGGUUGUAUCAACCCUAUGACAAGUCCAGAUGAGUGGCCACAAUGUGACAGAACCCCACCAUUGCCUCCUUUGUAUACUGCCAAGGUUGGGAGGCCAAAAAAGCUAAGGGCAAGGUCAGCUGGUGAAUUGACAAUAGAUGGAAAACAAAUCCCCAUCCACUUGCCUUCAGGGCACAACCAGCCUCAUGAGGAACAUGGAGACCAGCAGCAGCAGGAGCAAGAUGACCAUGAUGACCUACCAGCAGCAGCACAAAAACAACAUGACCAGGAGGAAAUCCAAUCCAAGGACAGUAAGGGCAAAAGGAAAGUGAGGCCAUCCAAUAGGAAAAAACCCUAUUAUACCAGGAGCAAGACCACCUUCAAGUCCAAGUUCUUUGGAAAUAAGGGUGAACCAAUUAACCUUGAGUGA